AUGACAGAGGCCCGCGGGGCGCUGCAAUCGAUACUCGAAUCCUUCGACUGCUCUCCGCCCGGAAACUACCUCAGCGCCGCUGCUGACACCGUGGCCGAGUGCGGAACUGACGGCAUCGAGUGUCGACCCGCCUUCGAGCUCAGGAGAGGAGCGAGGCGCGUGGCCUACCAGCGCAGGGGCAGGGGGCAGGGGCCCAGACCACCGGAUGUGAUGUAUGAAGGGGGGUCGUUGACCUGCUCCGUCAGGUGGUCUCCGGGGAUGCGCGGGCCGGUGUUCCUGCAGGAGCCGCCCCCGGUGGCGCACUUCUCCAACACGACGGGGGCGGUGCUGAGCUGCGCCGCCCACGGCAGCCCGCCGCCCGACAUCCGCUGGCUGGACGCCGGUGACAAGGAGCUGUCCCACGUGCCGCGUCUCAGGCAACUGCUGAGUAACGGCAGCCUGCACUUCCCGCCCUUCGCGGCGGACGAGUUCACCCCGGAGAUCCACGUGGCCACGUACCGCUGCAGGGCUGCCAACCCCGGCGGCGUCGUGGUCAGCCGCGACUGCCGCGUGCGAGCCGACGUGUCGCAGCCCUACCAGGUGCAGGUCCAGAGCGCGCUCACGCUGACCGGCAACGUGGCGAUGCUGAGGUGCGACGUGCCCAGCUUCGUGCACGCUCUGGUCGCCGUCACGGGCUGGCAGAGCGAGGAGCCCCCCCACCCGCGCGCCACGCUCCACCCAGGAGGCAGGUUCGUGAUGACGGCCUCGGGGUCCCUGCACGUGGCGGAGGCCUCGCCGAGCGACGGCCGCGCGCGCUACUACUGCUGGACCAGACACGUGCUGACGGGGCAGCAGCGCCUCAGCGCGCCGGGCCAGCUCGAGGUCACAGAGCCUGAAGGUAACCUUGCUCCCCGGAUAGAGCACUCGAGCACCAUCGUCAAAGUGAGAGCUGGCAACACUGCAGACUUGGUCUGCGUGGGGAAGGGGAACCCUCCACCAGUUUACAGGUGGUACCGGAAGGCCCCGGGAGCGCUGCAGGAGAUCCCUGCGGGCUCGGUGCUGGUGAGGCCGCUGCAGUCGGUGUUGCGCAUCCCGCGCGCGCAGGUCGAGGACUCAGCCCGCUACGUCUGCAAGCUGGGCAAUGUGGCCGGCGAGGACAGCCGGGAGCUGUCGCUGGUCGUGACUGAGCCACUGUCCGCGCACAUGCGUCCCCAGCAGCAGGUGGUGGACGCUGGGUCGUCGGCGCACUUCAACUGCUCCGUGGCGGUGGGCGGUUCGGCGCGCAUGUCCUGGCUGAAGGAUGGCCGGCCUCUGGCUGACGGCGCGCGGAUCAACCUGCUCCGUGGUGGCCGCACCCUCGUCGUGCGCUCCGUGCGCAAGGAGGACCGUGGCAUGUACCAGUGUGUGGUGCGUGAUGGUGAGGACAGCGCCCAGGCCAGCGGCGAGCUGGUGCUCGGAGCAGUAGCACCAGAGCUGCAGUCGACGUUCAUCGAGCAGACACUGCAGCCGGGCCCGCCCGUGUCGCUGCGGUGCGUCGCCUCGGGGAACCCGCCGCCGCGAUUCACCUGGCUGCUGGAUGCCGUGGAACUGCAGCCGCGCAGCUACGUGCUGGGCAGCUUCCUGGACCAGGCGGGCGACGUCGUCAGCCAUCUCAACAUCUCGUCGGCCAAGGUGCAGCACGGCGGCCUGUACACGUGCGUGGCGCGCAACCUGCUUGGCGCCGCCCAGCACUCCGCCACGCUCAACAUCUAUGGCCCGCCAUCGGCGCGGGCGCCUCGCAACAUCACCGCCGUGGCGGGCACGGACGUGUUCCUGCGCUGCCCCGUGGCAGGGUUCCCCAUCUCCAGCGUGACGUGGCAGCGCGGGGGCGACGCCCUGCCCUCGCACCUGCGACACAGGACCUUCCCCAACGGCACCCUGCUGGUGCGCCAGGUGGACGGCCCGGCCGACCGCGGCGAGUACCUCUGCUUCGCGGCCAACCAGCAGGGCCAGACCGCGCAGUCACGCGUGCACCUGGACGUCAUGAAACCACCAACGAUUGCACCAUUCCAGUUCCCGAGCGAAAUACAGCAAGGCAUGAGGGUCCAGGUGACCUGCAGCAUCAUCUCCGGCGACUUCCCCAUCGCCAUCUCGUGGAGGAAGGACGGCGAAGCGCUGUCCGAGUCGGAGCUGGUGCACGAGGAGCGCCACGAGUUCUCCAGCAGCCUGACGUUCCGCGACCUGGCGGCGCGCCACUCGGGCCGCUACACCUGCGUGGCCGCCAAUGCCGCCGCCACCGCCAACUACACCGCCAAGCUCGUCGUCAAAGUGCCGCCGUCGUGGCUGAUCGAGCCCCGGGAUGUGUCCGUGCAGUACCACCAGCCAGCCAGCAUGCACUGCAUGGCCAGUGGCUUCCCCUUCCCCUCCGUCACGUGGCUGAGGGCCCGAGGCAGUGACGCGAGCGACUACGUGACCUUGGAGUCGGGGCCGGACGUCAUCCUCUACGGCAACGGGUCUGUGCUGCUGAGGGCGGCCGAGCCCUCCCACGAGGGCUUCUACACGUGCCAGGCGAGCAACGGCAUCGGCGCGGGCCUCAGCAAGGUCGUCUUUGUCCGCGUGAACGCACCAGAGGUGCCACUGGCACUAGCGGCGAGGCUGCCCGCAGUGCCGCCACACUUCAAGACGCACGCGGUGAACCAGAGCGGCGUGGCGGGCGAGGCGGCGGUGCUGGUGUGCGAGGUGGAGGGCGACCAGCCGCUGCGCGUGUCCUGGACGGCCGUGCGCCACGCCCUCACACCGCUGCACAGCCGCAUGGUGGAGCGCGCCACGCCCACGGGCCGUGUGCUGGAGCUGCACCUGGAGCGCCUGGAGCGCCGCGACGCCGGGCCCUACCGCUGCUCCGCCUCCAACGACUUCGGCCAGGACGAGCUGGUGCUCCACCUCGCCGUCAAGGAGCCGCCCGAGCCGCCUGACCAGGUGGAGGUGGUGGAGGUGGGCAGCCGCUGGCUGAGCGUCGCCUGGGGGCGGCCCUACCCCAGCCACGUGCCCGUGGACCGCUACGUGGUGCAGCACCGUGCCGAGGACGCCCCCGCCUGGGCCAACGCCACGGCGAGCGGCGCGGCGCACUCGCUGCGCAUCGAGGGGCUGCAGCCGUCCACACCGUACGCAGUGCGGCUGCUGGCGGGCAACGAGGUGGGCGAGAGCGCGCCCGGCCCCGUCGCCAUGGCCAUCACGCUGCAGGAAGGUGAGCCACGCCGGCUCCCGGGCCCUCCCUUCGCCUGCAGUGUUAGCUCGUGGCAGGGCCCUCCCAUCACGCUGCAGGAAGGUGAGCCACGCCUGCUCCCGCCGCCUCGCGCCAGCCACCCCCGGGAGGAGGUGCAGGGCUACCAGGUGCUGUACCGCGAGGCGGCCGGCGCCGGCGACUCCCCCCAGAGGCUGCACGUGAAGGGUCGCAGCCAGCUGCAGGCCAUGCUCACGGGCCUGCGCCAGUUCUGCCGCUACGAGGUCGCCGUGCAGGCCGCCAACGCGGUGGGCGCCGGCCCCCUCUCGCCGCCCCUGCACGUCACCACUCUGGAUGGCGUCCCUGACCGGCCACCGCAAGACGUGCAGUGCAGCGCGCUGUCGUCCCAGAGCCUGCGCGUGCGGUGGGACCCUCCGCCGCCGGACCACCAGAACGGCAUCGUCGUGGGCUACAAGGUUGUCUACCGCCACACCGACCCUGUGCACGGGAUGUACCGUGAAGCUGAGGUAAAGAAGACCACCAACCUGGAGACGAACCUGCACGGACUGUCCAAGUUCAGCAACUACAGCGUCCGGGUGCUGGCCUUCACGGUGGCCGGCGAGGGAGUGCGGUCGGAGCCCGUCCACUGCACCACCGAGGAGGACUUGCCGGGACCACCGGAGCAGAUAAAGGCGCUGGCGAUGACAUCAGACAGCAUUCUCGUGGCGUGGACGCGACCUGUGGACCCCAACGGAAACAUCGUCAAGUACUAUGUCUACAUCCACGCCAAGCAAGAUGGAAAUAAUGAUGUGCAAACGGAUGCAGUGUUUGGCGACGCGAAGCUCAUCUAUGAGGCCCGCAGGCUGAAGGAGUUCCAGCGAUACGAGUUCUGGGUGACAGCCGCUACCGUCGUUGGAGAAGGCCCUAGCAGUGCCAAAGUCACCCAGUCUCCCGUGUCCAGAGUGCCGGCGAGGAUAGCGUCCUUCUCGCGCCGCGUGGUGGUGGGCUCGGGCGGUGCGGUGGAGCUGCCCUGCCGCGCCGUGGGGCUGCCGGCGCCGACCCGCCGGUGGCGCGGGCCCGGCGGCGCUGCAGGGCGCCACCCGGCGCGGCCCGACCACGCCCUGCGGCUGGAGCGGCUCCGGCCGGCCGACGCGGGCAACUACACCUGCGCGGCGGAGAACGUGUUCGGGCGCGACGAGGUGGCGUACCAGCUGGUGGUGCAGGUGGCGCCCGGUGCGCCGCAGCUGGGCGUGGCGGCCGGUGGCGCCCGCAGCCUGGCGCUGGCGUGGCGCGCGCCUGACACGGGCGGCAGCCCCAUCACAGGGUACGUGCUGCGGUACCGCCACGCCGCCGGCGACUGGCAGGAAGCGCUCCUCGACGCGGAGCACACCUCGCACCGCCUGGAGGGGCUGCUGUGUGGCUCCACCUACCACGCCACGCUGGCCGCCAGCAACGCAGUGGGCACUGGGGAGCCCAGCCCGGUCGUCACCGCCACCACCCAGGGCGGAGCCCCCAAGCUCCCGCCGCAGGAGCUCCUCGAAGCCAACUCGACGUCGGUGACGCUGCACCUGGGGGCGUGGCCGGACGGGGGCUGCCCCAUCCGGCGCUUGGAGGCGAGGUACCGGCCCCAGCAGCAGGGGGGCGAGUGGGUGGCGGUGCCGGGGGAGGGGCAGCCCCCCGGGUCGGAGCUGGUGGUCCCCGACCUGCUGCCCGCCACGUGGUACGUGCUGCGAGUGGCCGCCCACAACGACGCGGGGUCCGCGGAGCAGGAGUUCCUGUUCGCCACGCGCACGCACACGGGAGAAAUAUUUCUCAUGGACAUGGUUGCUGACACCUCUGAGCAAGCGAGCAGUUUCUACCCUCACUUGAACGUGAUCAUUCCUGUCAUAUCUGGCAUUAUUUGCACUAUUGCAGUCACCGUGUGUGUCUGCAUAGUGGUCCACAGGAGGCACCACUCGGGCUACAAGCCGGGCAGCCCCGGGCACGUGGCGGAGGCCAGGACGCUGGCGGAGCAGGAGAACCAGCGCAACUCCAGCCAGCAGGAGGCGAGGCAGGCGGCGCCCGCCUGCUCCCCCUCCUCCACCCGGAAGGCAGACUCCUCCCUCAGUGUGCAGAAGGGCAGCAACACGUCAGGCGAGGACUACGACAUCUGCCCCUACGCGACGUUCAGCCUGCCCGGGCAGCAGCCCCUGCACUACGCCAAGCAGUUCCGGACGUUCGGGCAGAGCGAGUGCUACGCUGGCCGGCCGCCCCCCGGCGGGGAGCGCUACGCUCGCGCCGGCCGGCCCCACGAGCCCGGGGCGGAGCCCAGGCCGCGCUGCACCUCCAAGAGUCCGCCCGACGGACUCAGCUUGGGUAACAGCCCCUGCCAUUCCCCAUUGAGUCAGUUGACUGACCAGUUAAUAGGCUCAGAGAUCUCGUGCAUCUCCAGCCAGCAGACGCUGCCCGUGUCGAUGGCCGACGCGGGCCGGCAGCGCGGGGCCAAGUGCCGGGGCGGGAGCGGGAGCGGGGACAAGACGGCCCGCGUCCACCAGAGGUCGCUGCACACCCCGCACGACGACUCGGUGAACGAGCUGGACUCGAGCACAGAGUCGGCAGAGGCCUCGCCCGAGGUGAACCAUCGCUUCCGGCAGCGCGGAGCAUGGAGGGGGACGCCUUCCAGACACGUUGCUGGCGAGGAGCGCCCGGAGAGGGUGCCGCUGAAGCCGCCGUGUGCCUUCUCCGACUGCCAGGCAGACACGCCGGGGGCCGGGUGUGAUCGCAAGGCCACGGCGCCCGCGCUGCCCCUCUUCCAGCACGAGAAGCUGGAGAAGGAGCUGUCCACCCUCGUCAACAGGUAUCGGCGAAAACGGGAUCGGGAGAAGCAAGACUACACAAUAGAUGUGUGAUGUGUGGUGUGGACGUGUUCUGUCCAAGACUAGAAGUGUUCCAUUAUUUUUAAAUAAAUAUACAAUGUGAGGCAAUUGUAUCAACUGCCAACUUUUUAUCAUUGCACUUCUCAUCUUUAAUAUUUUUCCUAUGACAGAAUCAAAAUAAGGCGAGCUGAUAGCUGCUUACCCUGUUCUUUUUUUUUUUUCAGAACUACCUCACUAGUUUUUAAAUUCGUAGCUCUCUCUUCAAUUUCAGAAAAUGUAUCAAAAUUUUAGCCUAACUGGCAAUAAUAUAUCUGAUAAAAUUAUAAGUUAAAAGCAAAUGGAAAUUUUUUUAAAAAAAGUUAAUUAUCUGAUAACUCAAGAAAAACUGUGAAAUAUUAGCUGAAAUUAAAUGUUUUAAUCAUUUUGAUGGUAUAAAAUUUUUAAAGUAUAAUACAAAUGCAUAUCAAAACUAAGGUUAUCUGAAGAAUAUAAUGAAAUUAUCUUAAAUAAAUUUAUUAUUUUUACAUUUUUACUCUUAUAAUAAAAUUUGUAUUACAAUAUUAUCAGCUGCAAACUGAAAGCAUUAACUAAAUGUUCUGUAUCACAUUUGUUGCCAAAAUAUAAAUCACAUGCCACAUGACUGUAAGAUUAUCAUUGGUCCAUUUCUUGCUAUAACUACUUACCGAUACAGCCAUAUUAGCUAAUUUGAAUUAAUGCAAAUACAUAUCAGUACAUCCAAAGUAAUUAAAAUCAUUUAGCAAAAGUUAUCAGAUAUAUUAUAAAAAAAAAUUAAUUAAACUUUGAUAGUGAGCUUUAAAUUCAUAAAUACAUCAAAAUUCUCCGGGUAUUUGAGGGUGUUUCCAUUAAGAAAAUGUGAUUUUAUGUCAUGUGUGCCCAAAAAGUUUUGUUGGGAUUUCUUUUCCAUUUUAAUCUUGCAUACAACUAUAAAGUAUCACCACGCAGCUGUUUGCAAGAAAGCUUUGAAAUCUAACAGAAAUGUUUGCAUCAGCUAACACAGUAUAAAAGCUCUAUGUUGCAAUUUACAGUCAAAAAUUGAAGGAAAAAAAUUUAAAAAACAAGAAGGCAAUAUCAGUUCUCCUUAAUGACAAUGUUUGUAAGGUUGACAAUAGCAUUGUUGCUUAGCUAAAGAUUGUAUUAAUGAGGUAUAACAAUUUAUACAGAAAUGUUAUUGUAAAAAUGUAAUAAAUGUUCAAACUCU